AACGGACUCUGCACCGAAACAACCGCACCCCAUAAAAUCUCUGACCCUCAACUAGGGUUUCCUCUUCACCCCACAAGCGCCGCCGCAAACCCUCAGCUCCCUCGCCCUCAAAGCCUCCUCGCGCCACCGCCGCCGUCAACAUGGGUAAGGUGCACGGAUCGCUAGCUCGUGCUGGGAAGGUGCGCGGGCAGACGCCCAAGGUGGCGAAGCAGGACAAGAAGAAGCAGCCCCGCGGCCGCGCGCAUAAGAGGAUCCAGUACAACCGCCGCUUCGUCACCGCCGUCGUCGGCUUCGGCAAGAAGCGCGGCCCCAACUCCUCCGAGAAGUAGGCGCGCGCAUGUGUUGAACCCCUUCUUCCUGGCGGUUGUCUUCCCCCAGGAGAUGCAAGAACCUUAAUUACGUUUUGUAGUAGUAUGAGUUUUACUCUGUUCGCUCUCGUGUGAUAGAUGGGAUCGAACCAAGUGGUGAUGUUUUAUGCAUGUUUCGUUCAGUUGAGAAUUUGAGAUAUGGUGAUAUGAGUUCAUGACUUAAAUUUGCUUAUCGCAGAUGUGCAACAUAUGCUAAAUGGCGCCUGUUUGUGUUGUCUCUGGCUUAUUAGUUCUAUGGCUACUUCC